AUGUCCGUCGUAAAUGAUGCUGGAACCGCUGGCAAUCACUUCCUGGACACUGUCGAGGGGGAGAUCGCCCUCUUCCGCUCUGUAAUGCGCGCACGACCUGUUGGGCUUCAUCGCCAUUUCCACGUCCUUACCAUCUGCAACGCGAUUCUCAGGGACACUGGUCACUCAAUUUCGAUAGACGAUGUCUGGAAGAAAUUGCGCAGCUGCUACAACUUGGACGUACUUGAGAACAUAGAGGUCGAGGGAUACGAUCCUCCUGGUUCUCAGCCGACGCGCCUACCGACAGAUCUCCCUGUUCGCUCGCCUUCGCCAGGAGAAAACCUGUUCUCGCACCCCUGGUUCCGUCAUGAGUAUUCACUACCGUCAGAAGAGCACUACGAGUCUCUCAUUGCUGUGAGGCGAAUGCGAGCCACCGCUUCUCUCCCCUCGUCAUCCCCGGCACAGUCCCCGUCAGCUGUCUCUCGACCAGGCCCAGCAGUACGCGAGACUAGGAAGGGAAGAAGCAAGCUCAAAAACAUGGCCGGUCUCGUUGGGGGUGACAGCGACAGCAGCGCACUAACUCAAGAAAGCGGCGACGAGAGCGCUAUGCCCACCCCAAGUCUUGCUACCGGCACAGACGCAGGUACCGAUUACGCAGAAGAGGAGGACCCCGAAGGUCGAGAGUCACCAGGACUCCCGCUUGCAACAAAGCUGACGCGGAAGACCACAAAGCCCACGAGACGAGGCGGCGGAGGCAGAGGCAGGGGUGGCUCUACAGCUGGAGGCCGUGGUACCAAGCGGAAAAAGAAGUGA